AUGAAGAUCAACCAGUCAUCCCUCCUUCUCUUCCUUCUUCCCGCAAUUUCGGCCGUGCUCGCCGACACAACAUACAAUGACAACAUAGACUCUCGAGUCUUGCGUGAGACCGCUGGCGACAACGCUCGCCUCGUCGACUCGGAUAUAGUCGCAUCCAAUGUCGCCAAAGGGGCGCCGGACGUUCCCGUGGAUGGCAAGGAUGGCAGACCGCACGCUGGUCCGUGGGUGGAAACCAACGCAGACCGGGACCGUAAAGGCAUCAAGGGAAGCGAUGAUAUUGAUACAGUUUCUACCAAAUAUGACACCAAGAUUCCCUCUUCGGAGCACCUGAGCACCGAAGAAGGGAAGAUGAUCCCGCAUUCAAACGGCGGCGUUAUGGAUGAUCCGCAUCGGGCGGGCCCAAAAGAGGGCACACGGGGAAUGGAGGGUGGUGUGUCCGAGAAAGGAAAGGAGAGCCAAUUGGCCUCCGAAAAAGUCCCCGGUGGGCCAAAGGAAGCACCUCCGCUCCCGCAUAGUGAGACCCAGAAGCUGGGCUCUGACAGCGACGACACAGCAACUGGGAGUGGAAGCCGGUCUGCGGAGAGUCCGGGAGGCCUUGGUAUGCUCGGGAAACCCGCCGACCUGCCUGAAAAGCCUCACGAUAUUCCAUACCCCAAGCCCCCGGCCAUGGUCAAGGAUGAACCUCUGGGCCUUGGGCACGACUCAGUCGGCUCGGGGUCAUCCUCCAGUUCAUCGUCGUCCUCGUCGAGCCACGACCACCACCACCACCAUGACUCUGGUAUCCCGGAUGCUGGCAGCUCUCUUCACUCCCUUGUAUUCUCCUUCACUAUGAUUCUCGUCUCUGAAAUCGGUGACAAGACUUUCCUUGUUGCUGCGCUGAUGGCCAUGAGACAUCCCCGCUUGGUGGUGUUCAGCGCCGCAUUCAGUGCCUUGAUUAUGAUGACCGUUCUUUCGGCCGUCCUGGGCCAUGCAGUCCCUACUCUUAUCCCUAAAACGUUCACCAAAUUCUUGGCUGCCAUUCUGUUCUUGAUUUUUGGUGUGAAGAUGCUUAAGGAAGGUCGUGAAAUGUCUCCAGAUGAGGGUGUGGGUGAAGAGAUGCGAGAGGUUGAGGCGGAGCUCGAAGAGAAGGAGCACGAGCAGCUGCGCAUGAACCGCCGUCGCUCGUCGGUCACUCCUCACAAUCUCGAAGCAGGUCGCGCUGGAGGCCGUCCUAAAACCCGCGGCUCCGGAAACCGCCUGCCUUCGCCUCCGGAGAGCCUGUCCUCGUCCUCAUCCCGUGGCUCUUCUCCCCAACCCCGGCAACGGUUGAACGAUAUGUUCUCCGGACUGAGCAACCUCUUUUCCCUACUUCUCAGCCCCGCGUGGGUUCAGACCUUUGUGAUGACCUUCCUCGGCGAAUGGGGCGACCGCAGCCAAAUUGCCACUAUCGCCAUGGCAGCUGGCCAGGACUACUGGUGGGUGACUAUUGGAGCCAGCGCUGGUCACGGAAUCUGCACCGCGGCCGCCGUGAUCGGUGGACGGGCCAUCGCUGGUCGGGUCAGCAUGCGUGUUGUUACUCUGGGCGGUGCUGUGGCGUUCCUUGUGUUUGGCGUCAUCUACUUCAUUGAAGCCAUCUUUUAA